GACGUUUACCGUCAGUUGACCAGCUGGGUCGAGAGAAGUAACAUACGAAGAAGUGAGGGUUUUAAAAAGAACGCAUAUACACGCUAUCAACAGGACAAUUUAGCUGUUUAAUUAAUCUGUAUUGGUUAUCAACUGUCACUUGGAUUAUUGGUAUUGUGUUGGAGAUUGUAAUUUUAAAAACGGCGGAGUUAAAUUCCGAAACAUGAAUCUGUGCGAAUCGAAACAUUCAUCUGUCAGUGUCGCAACAACCAGCUGACGAAUUGCGUUUCGUGUUUUCACUGCAGCCGAUGAGAAGUAUUUUUCAAGUUUCGUUCUGUAGUUUGUUUUUCUGUAGUAGAAGCUUUGUUUCCACAGACCCGGCGUUAAGAUGCCCCCACAUUCUAUGAUGGAUCAUAACACGAACUUGUUGCCAGAGUUGGACCCUCUUGAACAGCAGAGGGUCAAGUGUGUCUUGGUUGGGGACGGGGCGAUCGGAAAGACUAGUUUGGUUGUCAGUUACACCACGAACGGAUACCCCACAGAAUAUGUGCCAACAGCAUUUGACAAUUAUUCAGUUGUUGUGACGGUAGACAGUCAUCCUGUCCGCUUGAACCUGUGUGAUACAGCAGGCCAGGAUGACUUUGACAGUCUGCGUCCAUUGUGCUACCCCAACACCGAUGUCUUUCUCCUGUGUUACAGCGUCGUCUCGCCAACAUCGUUUCACAACAUUCUCGAAAAGUGGGUGCCCGAGAUUCGAAAACAUUGCCCCAAAGCUCCGUUGAUUCUUGUUGGGACUCAGUGCGACUUGCGAAAUGACGUUAAGGUCCUCAUUGAGCUGGCUCGCUACAACGAGGUUCCGGUCCCUGAGAGUGACGCGAAGCACCUUGCGGAUAGCAUCGGUGCCGUGCAAUAUAUUGAGUGCUCGGCGCUCACACAGAAAAACUUGAAAGAGGUAUUUGAUGCAUCCAUUCUUGCGGCUCUGAACAUCAACCCAGCCUUCAAACGUGUGAUAAGUGCUCGGAAGUCAAAACGGAACAAAAACUUGGACGUGCAAACCCAGUCUGUACAGAGUAAUACAACCACCAGUGCCAAGAAGAAAGCAGGAUGGAAGAAAUUCUGCUGUUUUAUGUGAUAUAUAAAUAUAUUAUAUUAAAAAUGAAUUAAUUAACCUAUGCAAGACACAUCAGAGAAAUGAUAUCUGUAAUACCAGAAUGUGUGUGUGAAGGAAAAUUCCAACAUGUCUUCCAGAGCAAUUGUUUUAAAACAGCAACAUGGCGUCUGUUGUUUUACAAACUCGAUGCAAUAUGACUGAGUAACUGACCAGUGUAGAUCUUUGUGAGACUAGAAUGGAUGGUUUGGCAUGAUCGUUUUAUGUACACUUGACAGUGACAAAAGUAUGGAUGACUUUUAUGAGAGACAGUUCAACCAGAAUGUAGAUUUUUCCAAUUGCUCAAUGUGUGGCUACCAUGGCCCAGAAAACUACAAGCACUGUUCUGUGACUCACAAAAACAACAACACGAAAACAAACACACAAACUUUAUUUAAAGCAGUUAACACAUUUUCUCUUCAUAUGUUGUUUUAAGUUGUAUGCUAGAUCACAAUAUAUAAUUGUAUAAAGAAAGAAGAAUUGUUUAUAUUUUAAUUUAACUUAAGAGCUUUCCCAUUUUGUUAAAUUUGAAGAGAAAAUUUGCUAAUCGUGUUUCCCAGGCAUCAUUGUGGCCAGCUGUCUCAAGAUUCCAACCCUAUAACCGCUGGCAGACUUAUUCUUAUUUGUCUUCUUAUUCGUCUUCUUAUUCGUUAUGUUUUGUUAUUUUAAUUUAAUAUUUUGUUGUUGCUUCAAAGCUUUGUGUGGUAUCUUUCUUUUUCUUAAAAAAAGGAUUUGCCAUCAAACUGAGAAAGGUAAAUUGUUCAACCCUGUUGAUCAUGUUGACAUCACACUUUCAAGUAUUUUUAUUUCUGCAUAUUUGUAUAUAUAGGAGGCUCAUAAUGAAUUGUGUUCCUACACCUUCCAGUUGUGGACAGUGAUGGAAUUUUUAAAGUUAUCAGGCAAAUUGUUGUUAAAUCAUAUUUCUAAUAGCUACUUGGCAGAAUGUGAUGAUUUUUUUUUUUUCAUCGCCAUGUAUAUAUUAAGCAGAUGUAUGACAAAUCAAAAAUAUUUUGUUUUGAAUUUAAUGGAUUUAUGUAGCAACAUAAAACAGCUCCAAUUGCAUCCAGCUCAAAUUUGGCUUUUGUAUUGACUAUAUUAGUUUUUUAUUUAUUGAGUUGAUAUGAAGAAUUUGUACAGAUAGCAAAAACACUAUACAACUAUUUAGCCACACCUGUCUUUGUUUUUAAAUUAAUAUUUUUAUUCAGAUAAAUCACACAGAAUGAGUCGAUUAUGAUACUGAGAUUUUUCUUUUGAAGGUGUGUUCAUAUUAAACUAAACUGACCUGGACCUUAUCACCACAAAUGUUUUAAUAGCAGGGCCUCCAAGAGGAAUUGUGCAGGAACAUCUUAUAGUCGACUUGAAAUAAAUUUGGUCAAUAAACUUUUAUAUGAAAAUAC